UGGCACGCCAGCUUGGGCGUAGCGCCGAGCGUGACGCCUCUCAAUCUCGCUUCGUUUCUGCUCCACUCGAUGAGCUCAAUUCUCUUUCUCGUCUUCCUCAACAGCAGCCAGCCAUUUCUCAUCUCGCAGCUGGGCGAGACGAAGCGGCAGGGGUCCCUCAGCGGUACUCUGGUCUUCUCAGAUGAGCUGCUCAGCAUCAUUCUCGUUCUCGUCUGGGGCAGCUUGGCCGAUCUUGUCGGGACUAGGCCCGUAGCGGUGGCUGGCUACGUCUUCAUCUCAAUCGGUCUGGCGAGCUUCACCCUCGCGGCCAAGCCCUGGCCUGAUCUACUCUGGACCCGUCUGGUCUUUGCUGUCGGAGGCUCAGCAGUGACUGCCAUGCUCACGGGCAUCUUGAAUUCAUACUCGGCCAGCUCAAGGGAAGAGAGAGUGAUCGAAGACCGGGAGAGGGCAGAGAAUGAGGAAGCCACCGAAGAAACCGCCUUGUUGGGAGACAGACCGAGGGUCGCCGCCAAAGCGACGCACGGUCGAUUGGCAGCCAUGGCUGGCCUGUCGACGGGAGUGGGGGCUUUAUUCGCCGUCUUCUUCCUCCUGCGACUGCCAACCUGGUUGGCAUCGCUUCACGACCGCAGAUCUACCGAGCCGGACCCUGCAGAUGGUCAUGAUGAGGGGGUACGCAAGGGAACUCGAGAAGCCUACUGGAUCGUCUCCCUGCUCGCCCUCGUCGUGGCACUUGUCCUCGCCUCCGGACUCAAGAUGGACAGGCCGGGACAAAAGGCUUUGAUAACCGAAGCAGAGCAGACUGCUAUGGAUGACGAGGAUGCUGCUCAGAUCGCAGCCAUCAACCGUGCAACGGGAAGGGAAGCUCGGAGGCUUCGGAUGAAGAGGAGACAGGCUAAACGGGCCGCUAAGGCGAAUCUACUCAAGAGCAAGAUAGUCAGCCUUGCAAGAGGGAUGGUCCAUGGCUUCGCGCUCGUCAAAGAGGACAGGCAGCUUGCCUUGGCCUAUCUAGGAGGAGCCCUGGCUCGGGCGUGCACCAUUGCGACGACCGUCUUCAUCCCUCUCCUCGUUACUCGCUUCUACUACAACUCAGGUCGAUGUGCCACGCUUCCGACGCCUGACUUGCCGCCGAGUGAGCUGAAAAAGGCGUGCCGAGAGGCAUUCACCACUGCUUCGAUCCUGUCUGGCGUCAUUCAGCUACUGGCUCUUCUUCUUGCCCCAGCAGCCGGCCAGCUGUGCGACUCAUUUUCUCCAGCUUCCUCGCUUUUGCUUGGAAGCAGCACAGGUACUGUCGGCUUCCUGGCCAUCGCCUUUGGCCUCCCCAAUGACGGUGACCCGAGAUCGACGACGGCUUUUCUGGCUGCAGCUGGCAUUGGCCUCUGUCAGAUUUCGGCCAUUGUCUCGUCGCUGGCCCUGUGCGCACAAGCCAAGUCUCGCCUUUCUUCGGCGACGGCAUCGUCAUCAAAUGGAGGCAAGGCGGCAGCGGUGGCGAGACCGGGAGCCAUUGCAGGAGCCUACUCCUUUACUGGUGGUAUCUCCAUCCUCGUCGUCUCAGAGGUGGGCGGCUUUCUGAGUGAUCUCAGGGCUGGCGCCCCCUUCUUCCUCUUUGGGGGCAUCAGUGCUCUGACUAUGUUG